GCAUUGCUGAAGACUUGUGUGUUUCAUGUCAAUUUUGUCCAGGCUUUUAUUAUCUUUGCGUGUUUCGAGCUUGCAAGCACAUCACAUUGAUCCCUAGUACUUGAGGACCUUUCCCUCAAUGCACCAGUUCUAACAGACAUGCGGACAAUGUCGAUCCAGGCUUAGAUUGAUCAAUUUCGACCUUUUCAGUUAUGGCCGCAAUCAGAAUGGGAUUCUUGGAACUCUGGCUCAUGGUUUUCGUCAUGGGUUCUACGGGAAUUGAGGAUGGAUUUGUGGAAAUGGCGAACGGCAAAUACUACAAAGUGUUCGAUUCUACCAAUGGAUAUCAUGACGCUAAAGCCUUUUGUGAAGGCUUGGGACACCAAUAUUUUUUGGCAGUUAUUCAGCACGUUCAAGACUUUGAAGCAGUUUCUAGAAUGGUUCAAGAUGCUGAUGUUUAUCAAAUUUGGGUUGGGAUACGAAAUCAACAACAAGGCCAGGACUGCCAGAAUGAUGACUGUACUAAGCAAUUAGUUUGGGAUAUCGGAUCGAUCUCGUGUCCAUUUGUGUGGAAAGAAUUCAAUUCAGAUCUGGAUAUCAGAUUUGGCAGUCGUGGCCAUCCUUGCGCGAGAGUAAUUAAAGAACCCAAAAAAAUCCGAAUCGACGACUCAGACUGCACAAACACAUUUGGCUCUAUUUGCGAAUACGUCCCAAGUGGUCUUGACGUAGCCGGAAGCAUUUGCCAAAGCCCCAGUGACAACAUCCCUAACGCUUCGAACGAUUUGGCGGAGACAUCAGGACGGAAGUACAACUUAGGAUGUUCUGCUAGAGCAGACGUUCUACCACCUCUGCAGCUACUCUCCUCUAUGAAAUUAUCCAAUCUAACAUCAAGAGAAGAGUGCAAGUACGGAUACUUAGUGGAUCUCUCCACAAGCACCAUCAACCCAGGUUUCCUCCACCAAACAUCUCGAAUCAUCAAUAGUCAAAGCUAGGGCCAGGUUUGAAAACAUUUCCAAUAGACUUCCCUUCAAGAAUCUUCCCUCUCCAAUAGUUCUUCAACUCUUCCAGACCUACAUCAACCCAAUUUUCCUCUACUGCCUUCACCUGUGGCUUUCCAACUCCGCCCAAUCCGCCCUCAAAUCCGCCGAUGUCACCUUCACCAAAUUCCUCAAACGAUAUCUGUGCGUUCCCCAAUAUGCCAAAAAUGCAUGGAGGUAUUUUUUCAGCCAAAAAUUGGGCUGGCCAGGUUUUGGGAACCUGACCUUUCCGGAGGUGAUGUCCGGACAAAAGUUAUCCUUCCUGGUCAAGGACGUACUAACACCCUACUGUCCUUGGCCCGACAUCCCUUUGGAGUAUUGGCGGUCAGGCACGUUUUUCCGGCUCCGGUCCAAAUGUCAUCAACGACGGGAGCUGAAACAGGAUCUGUUCAAUCUGACCCACCCAAUCUUAUGCAGUAAUCAAGAUUUUCAUCACUUAUCUCUACCCAACUGUUUAUGUACUGG